UCAAAGAAACGGGCAGUCAAGCUUCCUUUUUCUGUAGGAAUAAUUAUUAUCCCAUUUCACCAUGGCCCACCUGGGAGCCCACUUUGCCUUCAGAUCCCGCUGGCAGAAGACCGACGAUGAACUCUGUCGACAUAGCAUGUCCUUUAUUCUUCACAAAGCCAUUUGCAAUGACUUCUUUCAGAGCUAUCUCUACCUGCUGGAAAAUAUUCCCCUGGUGAAAUUGUAUGCUUUAAGAAGUCAGGUCGUCAAUGGUGAGAUGCAGUUCUAUGCCAGAGCUAAACUCUUCUACCAAGAAGUACCAGCGACAGAAGAGGGUAUGAUGGGAAAUUUCAUUGAACUGUCUGACCCAGAUAUCCAGGCCUCUCGGAAAUUUCUUAGGAAAUUUGUUGGGGGGCCCGGGAGAACUGGGACGGACUGUGCCUUGGAUUGCGGUUCUGGGAUAGGAAGGGUCAGCAAGCAUGUCCUGUUGCCGGUUUUCAACACUGUGGGACUGGUGGACAUGAUGGAAUCGUUCCUCCUCGAAGCGCAGAACUACCUGCAGGUCAAAGGGGACAAGGUAGAAAGCUACCACUGCUACAGCCUGCAGGAAUUCACACCUGCGCUGGGGAGAUACGAUGUCAUCUGGAUUCAGUGGGUCUCUGGGUACCUGACUGAUAAAGACCUUCUUGCAUUUCUUUCCCGGUGCCGAGAUGGCCUGAAAGAAAACGGCAUCAUCAUACUGAAGGACAAUGUGGCUCGAGAGGGCUGCAUCUUCGAUCUCUCUGACAGCAGUGUGACUCGGGACAUGGACAUCCUCCAGAGCCUCAUUAGAAAGAGUGGGCUGGUGGUGCUGGGCCAGGAGAAGCAGGAUGGCUUUCCAGAGCAGUGCAUCCCGGUGUGGAUGUUUGCACUGCACAGCGAUGGACACUUCUGACCAGCAGUGGGAGUGAACGGCUGCACUGCACAGUAGUGCUUUGGGAAGAGGUGCUCUCCUCUGAGGUGCCCCUUGUAAUUCAUGUAGGAAUGAAGGGAAGGGAGGUACUGCCUGUUUGGAGAUGAUUGAUGUAAUAUGUACACGUUUCCACUAAUUAUGUAAGUACAUGCACACACUCUAUGGAUUUUCCAAAAGAUAAAUGGAAUAUGACAUCUGGGAAAACAUCUAAACUCUACAAGUGUACACAAAAAACAGAAAAGGGAGCAAUGUUCACAAAACCUAAACUGCCUUGGUCUCUGGAGAUUUGCAUUAUAGAGUAGUUUAGGGUGGGUGGGGUAAAGUCUAGACCACCUUUCUCUGCUCUCAUGCUAGAUACAUUAUACUUCUUUCCUCUUUGGGAAUACUACUUCUCUUAGACAAAAAUCUCCCCCUAAUUAGAAGGCACCAGUCAAAAUAACCUUAUCAAAACAAUUCCAUUACUUAAUUUUGUCUUUAGCUUUAGCAGAAAAAAAGACUAUGGUUUCACUUUCUAUUUUGGGUCAGUUUCACCACCCAAUGAUGUAAUAUGGAUGUAAUUUGAUAACAGAAGUCUGCAUUUCAGUGAUGGGGAAGUGUCUCCUUUCAGGAGAAAAUGUUUUACCCUUGAAAUUUCAGCUGUGAACAUAUAAGUAAAUGUCAUUGAUAAUCUAAUUUUAGCCAUUGGCUUCCAACACAACUUGCUUCAUUGCAGCUGCUCCUGUUUCCUUGAUUGAUAUGAAUGUACAUUGGAAAAAGAAAGGAAAUGACAAACCUGAAAACUGAACUAACUGGAUUAAUUUAAGGCAUUGGUUUUAAUUAAAAAUAAUCUAAAAUCUUUCAAAAACAAAAAUGUAAUUUAAUUUUUUUAGCAGAAUGUUUAACUAUAACUGCUAUUGUAUUUAAAACACUCUAGCAUCAUUCACGUGAAGGACAUAUUUGUGUUUUGAUAUAUAUAAGUCUUCUAUGAAAUGCAAUCAGUUUAAAGAUAAAGAAAGUCUAUUGCAUGGAUAUGCUAUCACCAUAAAAAAUCAUGUUUGUACAUCAUAGCUCUAACUUAGGAGGAAAACAAUUAUUAUAAAACAUUUAUUACCUUGAUACAGCAUUACCCAAGUAGUUUCAUUUAUGUCCUGGAAAAUUAUGUCACUUACCCUGCCAGUGGCACCUUCCAGCUGCAGUAUGUUAUUCAUGAUGCUCUAGUGUAAUAUAACAGAAUGUGAGUUAGAACCAUUGAUGGAGAAGCCAGAGAACAAGAUUAAAUAAACUGCUGAAUCAUUACCAGACUGAGCAUGACAAAACAAGUAUACUGAAGUUUUCAUCCUCUAUGUUUUGGAGCAAAUUAACUGAAUCUUCCUUUUUGGCCCAUCCCAGGAGUAUUCUGUUUCUUUUACACUAGCACCCUUAUUCUCCUUGACUUUCUGCG